AUGCCGGGUGAAUCUACGUCUUCCGACGAGUCAGUCCCGCCCUUCAUCCCGUCUUCGGCGGAGACGUUUACUUCCUCUUAUUUCUCAACUUCAUCACCCGUGUUGAAGCACGGAUCGAUUGCAGCAAUUCCUAAUUCAAUCUCAUCAUCUCACGGCGUUUUUGAGAUGUCAAUUAAUGGCGUGGUGGCUUACAAUGUGGCCGUCUUCGUCAGCACCCUCUUCCUUCUCGAGGCCGGCGCCGACAAGUUCGUGGACAACACGGCCAUCGUCGCUCGGCGCACCGGCAUCCCGGACACCCUCAUCGCCCUAAUCACCGCCGGCGCCGAGUGGGAAGAACUCGCCGUGGUCGUCAGCGCGCUGGCGCAAGGCCGCGCCUCGCUCGCACUCGGCAACAUUGUCGGCUCAGCCAUCUCCAACAUCCUCGGCGCAUUUUCGCUGGGUCUCAUUUUCCGCAAGCAAGGGGACGCGGUGGAGUUUGAUCGCAGCGCGCGCAUCUACUCGCUGCUGUUGCUCGUUAUUACGACUGCUGUCAUUCCUAUCACGUACUUGCCACGUACGCUCCUUUGGCGGGUCACCGGCAUCGUCUUGGUUGUUGUAUUUGUGGUCUACCUACUAUCGAUAGGAUGGGCAAUUAGCCGAGGAACGCUGAUAGCACCAGAAGGUUCAGACAGCGAUAGCUCUAGCGAUGGAGAUGACACUUCAUCCAGUUCUUCAGACUCUUCCAUUUCUUCUCGGAGAAAUAGCCGCGCUCCAGCAUCGCAACCUGUACCAGAAACUAACGACACCGACGGCGAGCGACAACCCCUCCUCCGUCCCUCGGACCGAUUCCUGCGCCGUCGCCGCGGGCUAACUUACCACAUCGCCUACCUCUUCGCCGGCUUCCUCGCGAUCUGCCUCUCAGGCUACAUCCUCUCCCACGCAGCGACCAACAUUGCCGACGCCCUCGGUGCCUCCGAAGUGCUCUUCGGUAUCGUCGUCCUCGCCAUUGGCACAACCCUGCCGGAGAAGUUCAUCGCCGUGCUCAGCGGCCAGCGCGGGCACGGCGGCAUCUUGGUUGCUAACACGGUAGGCAGCAACGUCUUCUUGCUGACUCUCUGCCUGGGUAUCGUCAUGGUUGGCACGGAGGGGGCGUUGGGGAGCGCGGGGAGCGUAUCGGGCGCUGAGUUAGCUGUUCUAUGGGGUAGUACUGCACUAUUUACGGGGUCGAUGUGGUUGAAUAGGACUAUUCAGCGGGUGGUGGGUGGUAUUAUGUUGAUUGGAUAUGUUGGGUUUAUUGUUGCGGAGUUUACUGUGUUGCGUAGAUCGGGAGAUUUGUAG